AUGGAUCUAAACUACAAUAUCUAUAGCAAGCGCAGAAAGAUGACAAGUUUUGGUCCACAGGGUAAUUUUGUGGCAGGGAAAGGGAGGCCAAUGAGAGCAACCCCUGAAUUGGUUGAUAAGGUUUGUAAGAAAUACUUUGCAGAUACGUAUAGAUUUUGUGUGAAGGCACUGGUAAGAGAUUCUCGUUCUUCAACCGGAGAUUUGAAACAGUUAGCUUCAAUCUCAGUCCAAGGGACGCUAACAAGUGCUACCAACACGCAGAGAUAUAUCGACCAAUUAUUGCGGAAGAGAACACAACCAGAGAGGGAAUAUUUGAUUCGGUGUAAACACAAUUACAGCGUCAUUAUUUCGUUGCUUGAGGACUCCCUCAAAACUCUGAGUACUUCUUCUAAUUUGAGUCCAACAACGGUAGCUGUUCGUGCAAAUGUUGACGAAUGUGAGACGGCAUUCCCAUCCCAUCCAUCAACAUUAUCUUCCAACAAUCAAAUGGUGAUCAAGCUUAAUGAUAUCUCUAUUGUAAUCAAUGAUCAACUCCCAUAA